CCAAUCAAAGCGUCAAUGCAACACCUGAACUUUCUCAAGCCUCGCCUCCGUUCACAGCCGCGCCAAAGACCAUCUUCAACCCGCAACCAACAGAGGUCGUUCACCACGCCAUCUCCAUCUCGAUCUCCAUCUGAGGCCACCCAGACCCUUCUCGACAUCCCACGCAACUAACCGCACCCCUUCCGCCAUGGACUACCAAAACCGCGCCGGCUCCAAGUUCGGCGGCGGCGGCGUGGCCUCGCACAGCAUCACCAACGCCGACCGCCGGGAGCGCCUGCGCAAGCUCGCGCUCGAGCAGAUCGACCUCGACAAAGACCCGUACAUCUUCAAGAACCACCUGGGCUCCUUCGAGUGCCGCCUCUGCCUGACCGUGCACCAGAACGACGGCUCCUACCUCUCGCACACGCAGGGCAAGAAGCACCAGACCAACCUGGCGCGGCGCGCGGCGCGCGAGCAGCGCGAGGGCAAGGGCGAGGUGGACCCGCACACGGGCCUUCCCGUGGGCGUGGUGGGCGCCGGGUUCGCGGCGCUGGGGCUCGGCGGCGCGGGCGGCCCGCGCAAGAACGUGGUCAAGAUCGGCCGGCCGGGCUACAAGAUCACCAAGGUGCGCGACCCGAUCACGCGGCAGCAGGGCCUGCUCUUCCAGCUGCAGUACCCGGACAUCGGCACCGGCGUGACCCCCAAGUGGCAGGUCAUGAGCGCCUUCUCGCAGCGCGUCGAGGAGCCCGACCGCAACUUCCAGUACCUGCUCAUCGCCGCCGAGCCCUACGAGACCUGCGGCUUCAAGAUCCCCGCCCGCGAGCUCGACAAGAGGGAGGGCCGCCAGUUUGAGUAUUGGGAUCCCGAUGCGAAGGAGUUCUGGGUGCAGAUCAUGUUCAUGACCGAGCGCGAGGAGCGGUUCAAUGCCGCGCCUGGCUUGACGGGUCGGCGGUGAGCGGAUGGCGGUGCCUUGGCGGAUGUGCCGCAAAGUUCUGUAACGGGGUUGGGGAGUGGGGUGUAGGAUACGACAUCAUGAAGCCGCGGAAAAGGGCUCCUUGGCCUAGGGUAUCCGGGACUCGGUUUAGGGAACAGAAAACUAGCCCGGGCAGGGCAGGAGCGGUGGAGGAUGCAAGGGUCCAUACAAGUCGACAACUUGGGCCGGGCGAUCUCCAACCACCGGGCGGCGCAAGCCGUGUCUCUUGCGCCAGGGCCAGGCCCGCCUAUUCUGCGCCCUCCUCGGCCCGAUGA